AUGGGGCUUAUUGCGGACACGAAACAGGCGAUUCGGGAUUCUCCCAGUGGGAUAUUUAAUUGGUAUGUGUUGAUGUGUACCUGUAUAUUCGCCUUUCCUGGUGUGUCCAAGGGCUUUGAUGAAGGGAAUAUUGCCUCAAUCGUCGUGCAAAGCCACUUUAAGACCGUUUUCGGACUUUCCAAAGAGACGGAUGAACAAUAUGCCAAUACGAAAGGCUGGCUGGUUUCCAUCGCCACUGCCGGUGCUGUCUUUGGAUGUCUAGGGUGUCUGCCUCUAGCAGACAAGAUAGGGCGCCGAUGGACGUUGCUGACUGCAAGUGUGAUCUAUAUGGCCGGUGUUCUCGGACAGGGCCUCAAUGGUGGAAGCCUAUCUGGCAUGUACGCCUCCAGGUUCGUCGCAGGAAUUGGCAUUGGAGCCACAACUGUCGUUCCCCCAAUGUACAUCACUGAGAUCGCCCCUAAGGCCAUCCGAGGACUUCUUACUCUCCAGUACGCCGCAUGUCAACAACUCGGCGUGGUCUUCGGCUUCUUCAUCAACUACGGAGUCACCAAAAGCUACGCCGGAACAAACACGCAAUGGAUGCUUCCAACUCUCUUGCAACUUCUUCCAGCGGCUAUCUGGGGCCUCGGUAUUUUUCUUUGCCCCGAAUCCCCACGUUGGCUUCUAUACAUCGGCCAACGGGAAAAAGCGAUGGCCAACUUGGCAAAACUGCGUCAUCUCCCCAUCGACCACCCAGUCCUCCUCGCCGAGAUAGCAGCCAUGGAUGCAAGGAUUCUCCAUGAAACAGAAGCAGUCGGAAAAUCCGGGCUAUGGCAUCUUUUGAAUGAAACCCUCAUCCCCGUCGAAAACAGACGUCGCUUCUCUCUCAUCUUUAUGGCAACGCUGUUCUCACAAUGGUCUGGUGCGAAUGCUAUCACUCAAUACUCACCAACUAUCUUCGGCUACCUGGGUAUCUCGGGCGACGAGUCCAAGUUCCUGGCAACUGGUAUCUACGCUAUAGUCAAGUUCGUCAGUACACUGGGCUUCGCGCUCUUCGUGGUCGAUUUCAUCGGUCGACGCCGGUCGCUGUUGACGGGCAGUUCCCUCCAAAUCAUCACUCUGGCUUACGUCGGCGGUUACCUGGGUGGAACAAAGAACAUGACAGCCAGCCAGAUUAUCAACUCCCCAGUUGCUUCUCACGCAUCGACUGGUGCGAUAGUAGCAAUCUACUUCCAUGCCGUGGCGUGGAGCAUUGGCUGGUUCAGUAUUCCCUACCUGAUUGGCUCGGAGAUUUUUCCGACAAAAAUUCGUUCAUUCAACAUGUCCAUCAGCAUGGGUUUCCACUGGGCAUUUUAUUUUGGUUGCUCGCGGGCAAUGCCUAGUCUGCUUGCUGCGAGCCAGAAAUGGGGCGCUUUUGUGUUCUUCGGGAGUAUUUGCUCGAUUUCUUUGAUUUAUGUUUACUUUGCCAUGCCAGAUACAACCGGGCGAUCACUUGAGGCUCUGGAUAGUCUCUUUCAGCGGCCGUGGUAUACGGUGCACCGAGUCGCUUAUGCCGAAAAGGAUGAGAUCCAAAUUGAGCAACUCGGUAAAGGAGAUUUGGCUCCUCGUGCGGAACAUUAUGAACAGGCUUGA